AUGGCCGCCGAACUCCCGAACGUAUCCCAGGACCUUGUCUGGGGGAUUGUUAGCACCAACAAUGCCUUCCUCGUGAAGCGCAGGAGUCUGGGCAAGACCGCCAACUUCUCCCGCGAUCCCCUGAACCUGAAGAACGUGCACUCCAGGAAGCACGCCGGCUUUGCUCAUGACAAGGCCAUUGGUGUUCAGUCUGGCGAGAAGGGCGCUAUCCAGGUGAUCAGCAAGAAGGUGCAGAAGGCACAGCAGCCCGCCGAGGGUCUGAACGUCGUCACUUUCGGCAGCGGAACCUCGACCAGGAAGACCUACAAGGCCGUUGCCAACCUGGCCGCUCGCCGCAGCUACCGCAGCGAUCUCCGCCAGGCCGCUGUCGAGCGCGUCAGUGCCCUCCGCCGCGCCGAGAGGCCCGUGAAGCCCGAGCCCGAGCGCAAGCUCCGCGGCAACAAGGCGAAGAAGGCCGCGGCUGCUGAGGAGGUGUAA